AUGUCAAGUCUGCUGCCACGACACUGCACCAGGCAGUUGCGGCCGAGAGUCCCUUGCAGAGGAAGGUGCAAUGUGCUUAUCAGUGUGCCGCCCAGAGGACGGCUGUAUUCGACCGCCGACAGCUCCCGCCCAUUCAGAUGCGCUGUGAUAGGAUCAGGCCCGGCAGGCUUCUACGCUGCCUACCGCAUGCUGCAGAAGAUGCCUGAUGCUCACGUAGACAUGUAUGAGGCCCUGCCGUCUCCCUACGGUCUGGUGCGCUUCGGCGUCGCUCCAGACCAUCCCGAAGUAAAGAACUGUAUAGAUAAGUUUGUCGAAGUCGCAUCCCAUCCUUCCUUCACCUUUAUCGGCAACACUACCAUUGGCUCUGCUCCCUCAUGUCUGCCUCUGUCGUCAAUCGCCCCGCACUACAAUGCCAUGCUCUUCUCGUACGGUGCUUCGCAAGAUCGCAAACUAGAAAUCCCUGGAGAGGACUUGAAAGGCGUCGUCUCGGCUCGUGCCUUUGUUGGCUGGUACAACGGACUGCCCGAGUAUGCCAACCUCAAUCCUGCACUUGACAGCAGCGACGAAGCUGUUGUCAUUGGUCAGGGAAACGUUGCACUGGAUGUAGCAAGAGUUCUGUUAUCGCCUCUCGACAGGCUCAGACACACAGACAUGACCGAAGCUGCUUUGGACACGCUGUCCAAGAGCAGGGUGCGCAGGGUACGGGUUGUGGGAAGAAGAGGGCCUCUCCAAGCCCCAUACACCAUCAAAGAAGUCCGCGAGUUGAUGCAACUCCCCGGCGUCUCCUUCAGCACACCCGAUUCUAAGCUCUUGCCCAAAGAAACAAAGAAACUGCCCCGUCCUCUUAUGCGCAUUGCACAGGUCAUUGAAAAGGGCUCUGCUACUUCGAUCGCCGAAGCCACGCGCCAGUGGGAACUACAUUACAUGCGUAGUCCAGUCGCUUUCCAGCAGGAUUCUUCAAACCCAGACACUCUCGGCAGCGUUCUAUUCGAUCAAACAGAAUUCACCCAAGACCCUUCCUCCGUUCCUCUAAGUGAUUUGGACGCUCUACGCAGCAUGCGCGUCAGAACAAAAGAGCCCAACAACCAACAAACCCUCACUACAAACCUCGCCUUCCGCUCCGUAGGCUACCAAUCAGAACCCCUCGAAGGCUUCGAGGAACUCGGCAUCCCCUUCGAUCGCAAAAUGGGCAUAAUCCCCAACGACCUCUACGGCAGAGUGCUGAGUCCGAAUCGCGGACCAGGUGCUCUCGGCGCCGGCCACGUUCCCGGCAUGUACGCCGCUGGCUGGGUGAAGCGAGGUCCCACGGGCGUUAUAGCCAGCACAAUGCAAGAUGCCUUUACCAGUGCCGACAUAAUCGCAAAAGAUUGGGCGGAUGGCGUAACGUUCAUCGGUGCCCACCACUCAUCGCCAAGAGCAGGAUGGAACGAAGUCAAGAAAGAAGCAGAAAAACGUGGCAUCAGAAGCAUCGAUUGGCAAGACUGGCUGAAAAUCGAUGCGGAAGAGAAGAAGAGAGGUCAAGCCAAGGGCAAGGAGAGGGAAAAGUGCCACUCGGUGGAAGAAAUGCUAAAGAUUCUCGAUGGCUGA